AUGGCGUUAGGAGGUUUGGCCACACCUCUUGUGAUUAGUCGGACCUGGGGAGAUGCAUGGGUCCAUUUUGGUGGUGGAUUAGAGGCCAGAGAGAAAAUGGAGGGACAACAGCCAGCAGAUGCAGGAGAUGGAAACGGCCGUCCAGCUGCUCAGCCUUGGAGCUGUGGAAAGAAUGGGGCAAGUCCUGGGCAGAAGAGCCAAGAGGAAGAAGCCAGCAGUUCAGAGGCCCAAUGUUGUGACUUUAGCAAAGUGCAGUUCCUGGGGGGGAAGAGUCCCCAAGAUGUUUGCACUCAGCUUCACCGUCUUUGCUGUCAGUGGCUACAGCCAGAAAAACACACCAAGGCUCAGAUGCUGGACCUGGUGCUCCUGGAGCAGUUCCUGGCUGUCCUUCCCCCAGAGAUGGAGAAAUGGGUGCGGGAGUGUGGAGCAGAGACCAGUUCCCAGGCGGUGGCCCUGGCUGAAGGCUUCCUCCUGACCCAGGAGUCUGAGAAGAUGCAAGAAGAGUUGCAGGUGGGAGAAUGUAAUCAUGGCAGUUCUAAAGAGAAUCUUUCUGAAUUUGUCGAUGUCUCUCUAGCAGAAUCUUCUGGGAUUAUGAGCUGCUAA